GUUGUUUAGAAGCAGUCGUUUCUCAACCAUUUUAUGAAGUUGCGCUCAUACAGAGCUCGUCGUUUAGUGCGCAUUGGUUCGCGAUCUUUUUUUAUUAAAUCCUUGAAAUUUUACGUGGUUAUAUAAAAAAUAGUAAGGUAUUUUUUGCUCAAGUUAAUGUAUUCUAUCUUUUAAAUGCACACAUGCAUUUGCUUAUCUUGUUAUUCUGCUUAUAUGUCAUUGCUUUUACUAUAACGCAUUAUUUUGCUUAAAAUAAUGGAUUAAAAAUGAUAGAAAAUGCUAGCUUUUUUCAAUGAUAAUUUUGCAUCUCUUUUCGUAGGACGUACUUAAGAAAUUUCACAAAUAAAUUGUAUUAUAGAUUCCCAGUAAACACAAAGUAUCAUCGACAUUACCAUGUCAGCUCAAUCAUAUGGUAUAUUAUGUAACUGUUACUUUGUUAUAUAACAAAGUAACAAUUACGUAAUAUACCAUAUAAUUGAGCUGACAUUGUAAUAUGGAUGAUACUUUGUGUUUACUGGGUUAUCAUAUUUCUCUUUUGUAAAUAUAUAUUUGAUCGGUAUUUAAAUAGGGUAAAAAAAGGGUUGCAACAUUACCAUUGGAAAAGAAAGCCAGCAUUUCCCAUCAUUUUCUAAUUAUCAUUUUAACCAAGAUACUGCAUAGGAACUUCGUCGAAAAAAAUUUUUAAACCGUUUAUUUGUAAACGAGUGCACAAAUACGAAAAUAUGGUUGAAGGUUAUCGUGAAGGAAGUUAAGUAUUUAUUUUAUAACUAAAAUAAGAAUACACAUAUAACCUUAACAACACAAAUGUCCAGAAGACGUCCAGAGUACGUCCUGAGAACAUCUUGGAGACGUUCCUACGUCCUCAGGACAUCUCUGAGACGUCCCCAGGAGAUCUUGUGCUGUAUGGAAACCCAGCACAAGAUCUUCUGAGGACGUCCUAAGGUCGUCUCCUGACGAAGAAUAUCCUCAGGACGUUCUCAGGAUGUCCUCUGGAUGUCCCCUGGAUAUCUGUGCUAUUAGGGAAGGCAAGAGUCAAACGCCGAUGUUAAAAUAAAUAUUUUUUUAUGUUAGGAGAAUAUGGUGAAUCAAUUUUCCACGUCAAACCAUCGUUGAUUGCCAAUUUUUAAUAUUAUUAUUAAUUAACGUUAUAUAACAGUUAUAUUGUUGAGUGAGAAAUUAUAACUAACAAUUAUAUAAUUGUUACUUGAUAUUUGAAUAAAUAGCGAGCACUAUGCGUUUACGUCAAUGUCUCAUAUGGUUUAUAUGUUUUAUAUAUGUUAUUACAACGGUAAUAUUAUACAAAAUGCAUCUGUAUAAAAGUUUCUUUGCCACCGACAAACACUCUUUUCCCAAGAUUAAAUUCAAAGAAACAGAAUCCACAAAUAUUGCUUCAUAUGAAGCUCAUCUUCUGAAAAGAGGCUUUACUGACAAACAGAUACAAAAUAUGUCUCUUCUCGGAAAGUGGAUGUUGGCGCCAGAAGGAAGUCCAUCACCAAUAAAUGAUCCUAAAAAGAAUUAUUUGAUUCUAAUAUGGAAAUACGGAAACUACUUAGCAAACAGACAUAUUAAACGUUUUUCGAACAAAACAUAUUCACCAUGGGAAAAUUGUUCAGUACAAAAUUGCAUGCUAAGUUAUGAAGACAAAGACUUGCACCGAGCGCAUGCUGUAGUGUUUCAUAUUCAGUUUCUGUCACACGCAUCGAAUAUGCCAUUGAGAAAUCGAAUUGAUCAACGUUGGAUUAUGCUGAUGGACGAGUCACCCAUGUACCUCCUUUCCUCAUCCCAAAAGACAUCGGAUUACGAUGGCCUAUUCAAUUGGACCAUGACCUAUCGAAUGAAUAGUGACGUGCCCGUCCCGUAUGGCAGAACGAUCAAGAAGACGUUGGAAUCUUUUCAGUAUCAUUCACAGAUUUCCAAACCGUCCUGGAAAACUAACGUGAUGAGUUCCAAGAUCAAAUUGCUUGUUGUGAUGAUUAGUCAUUGUAGUGGCAAGAAUCGACGGGUAAGCUAUAUAAAAAAGCUUAAGUCGUUACUACAGGAUCACUUGGACGUAAUCGGCCACUGUAUGAAUGGUAACAGUACUGUCUGUCCACGUCACUUCACCAAAGACUGUUCCAUUUUGAGUUCGUAUAAAUUUUAUUUAUCAUUCGAGAAUUCUAACUGCCGCGAGUACAUAACGGAGAAGGUAUUCUGGAACGCGUUUCACAACUAUGCGGUUCCAAUAAUAAUGGGAGCGCCGUUGGAGGAUUGCCAACGAUUGUUACCGCCGGGCUCUUACCUUCACGUGGACAAUUUCCAUAACGCGAAAGCACUUGCCGAGUAUCUUCGCUAUCUGGACCGUGACGACAAGCGUUAUUUGAAAUAUCAUGAAUGGCGUGUCAACUAUACAAUACUAAACGAGCAUGGUUACUUCGGAAGCGCAUCCAAGCAUUACUGUCGCGUUUGCGAGGCCUUAAAUUAUAAUUCUAAUGCGACAAAAGUCUACGAAAAGCUCGAUGACUUUUGGAACAAGGAGAGGGAUUGCAUUUCAACAUAAGACUACUUUUAACUCUGUUUGCUCUUGCCAUGAAAUACUCAUUAUUUAUAUUCCUAUUGUAUAUCUCUUUUGCAAAAUACACACAUACAUAUAUAUUAUAUAAUAUAUUUAA